CUUCCUAAAGGAAUGAAAAUUUUAGUUAGCUUGAGGCAUUUACAUAUCAGUUAUACAGUUCAAGUCCCUGAUGAGAUCGGAUGUCUAACUAGUCUUCGGACUUUGCAAAUAUUUGAGGUGGGUACAAAUAGGAGAUGGGGAAUUGGACAAUUGGGAUGUUUAAGUGAACUUGGAGGAAAGUUGGCGAUAUCAAGUCUCCAGAAUGUUAGAAACAAAGAAGAAGCCCAGGGAACAAAAAUGUGGGAGAAGAAGAAAUUACAAAAGCUGGAAUGCCAAUGUAAGUCAGGGAGGAACGGCAGCAGAAAUGAUGAGGAAGUAUUGGAAGGGCUGGAGCCUCACUCAAAUUUGAAAAGCUUAACUAUUUGGAAUUAUAAUGCGGAGAACAAUCCAUCAUGGUUGGUAAGGAAGAGUGUUAGUGGUCCAAGUGCUAAUUCUUUUCAACCUAUCAUCAAUUUGGUGGAGUUGAAUCUAUUCUAUUGUGAGAAUUUAAAGAAUCUUCCAACUCUCGGGCAAAAUCCCAAUCUCAGAUUUCUGAGAAUACGUGAUUUAUACAAUGUAAGGUGCAUAGGAAAUGAAUUUUAUAUGAAUAACAAUAGUUGUGAUAGUGGUGAUGAGAAGAAACCUAUCACAUUGUUUCCGGCAUCGGAAAAAUUCUCCUUGGUGGACUUGAAAGAAGUAAAAGAAUGGUUAGACAUAGAGCCAGGAGUUCCCACGUUUCCUUCGCUAAAAAAGUUGGAAAUUGUAGGUUGUGACAAGCUAAGCAGCGUUCCAGUAAUGAGUAGGCUUUCUUCUCUUGAGAUACUGACUAUUGCAUUCUGCGGGGGGUUAAGUUUGAUAGGCGAUGGACUGUUUCCCUCCAGUCUAAAAAAUUUAGCAAUACAAGAGUGUAGGAAGUUGAGCUCCAUUCCAAGUGUCGAGGGUGGUAUCUCUUUUCUUCAAGAGCUUCGGGUGAAGGGAUGUGAUGAAUUAAGUAAAAUAGAAGAGGGACAGAUUGCCUCCACAUGUCUAAGAGAUGUAUACAUAUGGAAAUGUCCUAAAUUGACGUCCAUUCCCAGUAUAGAUGGCUGCUGCUCUUUUUUAAGCUUAAGCCUGGAUGGAUGCGAAGGAUUAACAAGUCUACCAAGUGGAUUGGGAACCUGUACUUCUCUUCGGGAUUUGUAUAUAUCCAAUUGCACUAAUCUCAAGUCAAUUCCAGAAGAUGUAUGCCAACUGCAAUCUCUUCUGAAUUUGUAUAUCAGAUAUUGUGAAAACUUGAAGAGCAUUCCAGAGGGGAGCCUUGGUUGUCUCACCCGUUUGAAGACAUUGGAAUUGGGUCCUUUCUCAGAAGAGCUAGAGGAAUUCCCCGGUCUCGGUUCCAUCCACCACCUCCACUCUUCCCUUGAAAACUUGAUCUUAGUUGGAUGGGAAAAACUAAGCUCUCUGCCAGAUCAACUUCAACAACUCACCGCACCUGACGAAUUAUGGAUUUGGAACUUCAGUGGAGUGAAAGCUUUGCCAGAGUGGUUGGGAAACUUGUCCUCUCUUCGAUCCUUAUAUAUUUGCGAUUGUGAAAAUCUGGGUCACCUGCCAUAUAAGGAAGCCAUGCAACGCCUCUCCAUUCUGAAGCAGCUUUCGAUCGUUGGUUGUCCGCGAUUAAAAGGAAACUUUGCUGAGCAGUCCAAGAUCUCCCACAUUCCAAAUAUCUGCGGCGAUAUUUUUGGAGUGUGAGGCUUCCAAGAGAUUAUUUUUUUUUGAAAAAUAGAGCAGAAUAUUUACCAACUCUAAGCACCAAUAAAGGCGCGGCGGUGCCCUGGCUCCCCUUUUCCCUUGUUUCAUUAUGAAUUCUGAUGCGUCCGCCAUCUGAGGAAGCUGUGCAGUGCCUCUCCCGUCCGUUUCGCAGGAUCUCUCUAUUAAACGAAAAAUGUGGCGUCUGAGGCUUCCAACA